AUGAUAAUGAUGACGAUGAUUGCUGUACAGAAAAGAAAGAACGGCAAUGCCAGCGACAGCAGCAGCAGCAGCAGUAGCAACAAACACAACAACAGCUACAACAACAACAAGAACAUCAGCAGUACGACUAGUCGUUCAUACACGUUGUAUUUGCAUGACACUCUCGCUCAGUCACAAUCAUUCAGUUUUCAGUUGAAGAGAAGCCAUCGCACUAGCAGGCAGCAACACACACACACAUGACGACGCCCAAUUUGUAUGAUGAAAAGGAGGUGAUGGAGGAGUUCAUUAGCUGUUAUCGCCAUUUUACAGCGCUGUGGGACAAUGCGUCUAUCGAUUAUCUAUCGAAGAAGAAAAAGGCUCCCGGCUACCAGGAGCUGUUAAAAAUUUUAAGACGCGUUAAUCGCGAGGCUAGCGUACAGGAUGUCAAGCGCAAGAUCAACUCGCUGCGCUGCUGCUACAGACGCGAAAUACGCAAAAUACAAUCAUCAUACAAUGGCUACGAGCCGCGCCUCUGGUGGUUUCAUCUGAUGGACUUCCUCAAGCCGGUGCUCAAUUUGAAUGUCGAAACGGCGUCGCACAUCAAACAUGAGAUCAAAGAGUUGGACGACAGUCUCGAUGAGGCGAGCAUGCAUGACGAGGACAUUUUCGCUGAGCCCUUUCCGCCCGAGGAGGACAUGCUGGUCAUUGAGGGCGAGGCUGAGGUUGAAGGCGACGUUGAAGGUGAAGGCGAUGUCGACGCCGACGCUGAGGGCGGGGCGGACGCGGAGACUAACGCCAAGCAAGAAGCUUUGAGUGAAGCGCGCCACAAAUGUGAUCCAAAAAUGGAAAGCAAAUAUCAGCAACAUUCCAAUAGCGGCAACAACAAUAGCAGCAGCAGCAGCAGCGGUACCGGCAAACAUGUGCAUCCGCAUCCUUAUGGCACAUCGCGACAGCAGCAGCAGCAGCCGCACUCGAAGUUGCAGUUGCAAACGCAGCCUCGUCGCAGCAUGGCAGCGCAUCAAAUGAGGCGACGUCAACGCAGCAGCGACGGCGACGCCGAGGGCGAUUAUGAUGAGGGCAGUUCAGCGGUUAGCAAAAAGCGCCGCCAACAGAUGCUGGAGCGCAACAUGGAGCAUACGGAAAGCGAAUGCGAUUUGAUUGGCAAGCGAAUGGCAGCGCAUUUCCGAAACAUGCGCGCCGAUCAGCGCCUCUUCGCCGAGCGCAUCAUCAGCGAGGUGCUGGUCUUCGGGCGUAUGAAUCGUCUCUCUCUCGACGCCCGUUUCCUGCCCAGCGGCAAUGUGGGUGAUCUCUAUACCAGGGAUAAUUACAAAUAGUGCAAAAGAGAAAGAGAGAGAGCGCGAGUAGAAGAGAGCACAAAACUAUGCAAGUAGUGCUAGUGUGACACUGGCUUUAGUCAUAAAGCGCCAAUUAGAGUGACGACGGUGAAGGCGAAGGCGACGGCGACGGCAAUAACUGAAUAAAAGCAAAAGCAAUUGUGCGAAUAUGUUCAGGCGACAAAAGUGUCCGAAAUGUUCCAAAAGUGUGUGUACAAAUGAAUUAUAAUAUAUACAAAUCAGGUUAAUAUGAUGAUAAUUUAUUUAAGACU